CCGAGCGACGCGCCCUGGGAUCGCUUGCCGCACACCUGGGCAUGUAUGCGCACACCCAUAUGAUCGCACGUUUCUAAGUUCAGAGAGGAUGCAGGAAGUCAAGGCAAAGCAUGAGUCAAUGAGUGAUUAUGUCCAUUGAAUCGCUGAAUGAUUUUUUAUUUUGCGCGUGUCUGUCUCUUGCGUAUUGUGGGCCUGCUUUGGGGAGUGAUGAACGGCCAAACGAGCGCUCCGGCGAUUUUGGCCCGGGCGGGCGGAGGAGGGAAGAAACAUCCCAAGGUUGGAAAGCAAGGGCAGGAGAGAUGCUACGUAGGAAUGACAGACACCUCGAUUAUGUUGGAGUCGCUGCACUUCACCUUCUCAUCACGACGACCAAGAACACUGACGAUACAUAGUGGAUAUGCAUAAUAUUUCAUGCUGAUGCCAUGAUGCACAGCGUUAUGCGAAUCCGCUAGUGAGUGUCCUAACAACCCAACGCCAAGCU